AUGGGUAUGAAUGCUCUUCCAUCAGAUAUUUCAUUGAAUAUAUUUUCUCGUUUAGAUGUUGAUUCAGUUUUAGAGUGCAAACUGGUCUGCAAACCAUGGCGCAAUCUCAUUAAGAAUCCAUCCUUUGCUCGAAUGCACCUUGCUCGUCGUAAGUUAAUGCUGCAAUAUCAUGAAGAUAGUUACAUUCAGGAUUUCUCAGAUAAUGCAUCUGACACUGUUCAGUUGGGGUUCCUUUCAUUACAACAAAUUGGGAGAUCUAAGAGUUGCACACUUCACUAUCUUGAAAACCAUGUGGAUACUAAGAAGAAGUCUUAUAAAUUCAAGAAUAGAAAGAUCAACAUUCCUCCAAUUAUGAACAUCACGGAGUUUGAUUCAGAACUUUUUACGAUUAAUUCGUGCGAUGGGUUGAUUUGUUCUACUAUGUGUCACCAUGAAUUGAAUGACCCUAUUCAUAUAUGUAACCCUCUCACCAUAGAGUAUGCUUAUCUUCCGAGAUUUAGUGAAGAGGCAAAUGGUGCAUAUGAGAUGAUGAGUGGGUUUGGUUACAGUGCUUCAACUGACGAGUACAAAGUUGUUAGAAUCUACCUUAAAAGGAACGAAAAAUGGUAUUUUCAUGUGUAUAUUCUUGGCAAUGAGAAUAACAUAUGA